AUGCCCUCUCUCUCAACACCAAGAUACAACGUAACCGUAGCGUGCGAUUCUUGCAGACACCUAAAAGUCAGGUGUAGAAAUAUCGGAUUUCUCGAUCAACCAGAUAAAUGCAGUGAAUGCUUAAAGCAUAAUGUUGAAUGUACUUAUUCCGUUCCCCACAAAAAGCGUGGUCCCAAACCGAAACCCAAAGAAGAACCUCCUACACUCACUUCCAAUGAUGAUCAUGUAUUGCUUCCUGGUUUAUCUCAUGAAAAAAUAGAGUUCAUUGAUAAUUAUUAUGAACUGUCUUAUGAUUCACCUCAAGAAGAAAUGAUGCUCGUUUCUAAUAAUUACAAAUUGUCUCAUGAGUCACUUCAGAAGGAAAUAAAGCUCAUUCCUAAUUAUAAUAAAUUGUAUAUGACGUUACAUGAUUUGUCUCAACCAGUUGCUAAUAAUUAUGAUUCAUCUCAAGAGCUCGUUGCUAAUAUUAAUGAAUUGUAUGAGAUGUUAUGUGAUUUAUCUCAGCCGAUCGCUAAUGAUUAUGAGUUGUCUCGUAACUCAUAUCAAGAGUUUGUUGCUAAUGAUCAGAUGGAAAUCCUUACUUCUACCUCAUCAUUACCAUGCCAGUAUGAAAAUACUGCAGGUCAUUGUUGUCAUAUGGGGGGCUUAAAAAAAAAAUCGAAUUGCUCAAUAUCGUCUGCUACCGUUUCGAUAUUGACAAAUCUUAAUGGCAAGACAAUAAAUUUAAAAAAAUACAUUACGGAAAAUAAAGCGAAUAAUCAACUUUUGAUAGCCUUAUGUCUUAUUUAA